AUGGGAGUUGAUCUGCAAAAAGAAGGAGAAUGGGGGAUUAGGUGUGAAGAACUUGAUGAUCCAAAAUCUUUCCCUCUUGGCCAAAUGGUGGUGGAGGUUCAACAAAGAGCCGGAAUCAUUGUGGGUGAAAGAAACAUAAUCCAGGAGGGCUUUAGAAUACAAGUACGUUCCGGUUUGGAGAUCUCCUUUUGGAACCAGAGAUGGUCCUCUGAUAAUCAUUUCUCGGUAAAAUCGGUGUACAAUCAGUGGGAAAAUAGUGGGCAGUCCGGAAGUUUGGGGAGAGAAGGCUUGUGGAAGAACAUUAGUCCCCCGAAGGUAGAAAUAUUUGCUUGGAUGGCUGUUCAAUCCAAUGUGGCAACUAGAUCGGUAUUGUUGGACAGAAACUUGAUUUCCGAAGGCCAAUCUACCUUGUGCCCUUUUUGUUCUCUGUUUUUGGAAACUCCGCACCACUUGUUUCUACACUGCAAAUUUUCGUGGGAGGUUUGGUCGCGGAUUUUGGAAUGGUGGCAUGUACAAUGGGUGUGCUCCGAAUCUCUACAAGAUCAUCUCAAGUGGUGGGUGGAUAAUAGAUUCAGGAACCUUGAGAAAAGUUUGUGGGAAGCGUCUUUUUUUGCAACGUUGUGGUCACUGUGGUUAGUACGUAACGAUUUCGUUUUUAACAACGCUUUAGUAUUUGUUGAGGCCGUGGUUGACAAGGUAAAAACUAGAGUUGCUAUGUGGGUAAAGGCAAAGUUCGACAUCAAGCUAUACACGGUUGAGGAAUUUAAGGUUUUUUUGGAUGGAAUUAGGCUUCUAAAACUGUAA